AUGAAGGAACCAUCUUCUAAUUUGCUUGGAGUGAUGUACGGGAACUGUGUUACAGAUUCUCAAGAUGACGGGAUAGCGUUACGACAAAGAACGGAGACAAGGGCGAUUACUCUAGCCAUUGCGCUUUGCUUAAACGCUCUUCAUGAAAAGAAAUUUCUGAUAUCUAGUUCCAUUCCGCAGGACAUUCAGCAAUUCUUGGACGGAGCGGAGGAGGGGUUCAUAUUCUUCAGCUUAGGGUCUAACAUCAAGAGCAGUAAUCUUCCUGAGACUAUGAGGAAUAAUUUAAUGAAGGCCUUCGCCCAAAUCCCACAAAGGGUAUUGUGGAAAUUCGAGCUGGACAAUCUCCCUGGGAAACCUGACAACGUCAUGAUAUCCAAAUGGCUGCCACAGAGAGAUAUACUCGCUCAUCGCAACAUUAGGCUCUUCUUCACACACGGUGGACUACUGAGCUUCAGCGAAGCGGCGUAUUUCGGAGUACCACUUCUCGCUAUGCCAGUGUUUGGUGACCAGAGGUACAACGUCGCCAAGAUGACGUCAGCAGGUGUAGGAGAGAAAAUAGAGUUUGGAGAACUCACCACGGAUUCUGUACUGCGAGCAAUACGGCACGUUAUCGAAAAUCCGAGCUACCAGGAGAACAUGAAGCGUUUAUCUGCUGUGUACCGCGAGCACCAGAGCACGUCCCUGGAGAGGGCGGUGUGGUGGGUGGAGUACGUGAUCCGCCAGCAGGGGGCGCCUCACCUGCGCAGUGCAGCCCUCAACCUGCACUGGUGGCAGCUGCUGCUGCUCGACGUCAUAGCCUUCAUACUGGCUGUGGCGGCAGUGGCGGCGUUCCUUCUCUUCAAAGUGGUCGUUUGGCCAGUAUUUGUGGCACGUGAGAGUACUGAUAGAGGCACGAUCAUUUCCUGUAGUUCAAACAUAUUAAGGAAUGCUUAUCAAGCAAUGUAUGAUAAUGUUCCUCAUACAGAUCAACUGCAGACAAAAGAAAUGAAUCAAGCUCAGAUGCAAACGGGUAAUAAUAAUUGUAGUCCUAUACCAUCUGGCAUGAAACAAGGAAAGGCCAUGUCGUCUUAUGGAUUACCACGACUUAGGAAGACAUGA